AUGAGCGAUUAUCUAAAUGAUGCUCUAGAACCAAUUCUCGGUAAAAGAAAGUCGUGAGCUUAUCUCAUCAGAAUUCAUCAUGAGAAAACUCUUUCUACUUCUUUUAACAUCAAGAAAAAAUUGGAAGUAUCUGUGACGGGAUACCUUCGUAAUUCAUCUCUCAAGACAAGACCAACUAAUCAACAAAGACGCAAUGUGGUGAUAGAUUUUGAAAAUUGCAAGCUCAAAGAAGAGGACAAAUUUAAGAUGCUCCCCGUGAAAUAUCUUGAUAAAUAAGCUAGCAAGGAAUGAAGGAAAAACUUUAAGGCAGAUCAUGAAAAAAAUUUCCCAUAGGAAAAUGUCCACUAUGAAUCCUAUAGUUGCUGAGAGAUUAGAAUCACCAGAAUCUGCCCCUAAAAAUCUGGUCUCAUGUAAUACUCUUAAGAGGGAAAGCACUGGCACUAGUACUUUAGAAGGUGAUCGUAACAAGGUACUGCUUAGUAGACAAAGUUCCAAGAGAAGAAUCAGGACUAAAAAGUCUUUUAAAUACGUCGUUGAAAAGACUCUCAACUUAAAUCACAGCUCUACCACAGUCUCAGCCCGUAAUAACAGAUAUAAUCCUGUAAAAUAAAAUAAUUUUAAAGAAGUUUAUUCAGAGCAAAAUAAAGUAUCUGAAUUACUUAAUCUGCAAGAGAGCUUUAUGCCAUCAGCUACUUACUCUGGCAUACCAAAUAUUUGAUAAGUAUACCUCUUUGAAUAAGUCAGAAGAAAUUAAGCAAGAAGAGCUUAAAAAUGAGUCAGGAAAAUAUAGAAUCAUACUGAAAACUAAGAAAAUAAAGGAACUGCAAGAUGCGAUAGAAGCUAAUAUUCCUAAAAAUGAGUCCCAAAGAGAAUCAAACAACUCCGUGAGGUCUAACUCAAUCCUGACAGGCAGAAAAGGUUUUAGGGCUGAAAAAUAAAAUGAUGAAGAGAAUUAUAAACUUGAAUUCUAGCAAUACUCUCGAAGACAAGCUGACAUUUAGUGCUAAGGAUCCUGAAGAGAAGAAGAUCAAGAAAAUCCUUACAAGAGCUUGGAUUAAAGAAGGCGAUAUCCUCACAAAUGAUGGAGGUGUUCAGAUUUAUAAGAAGAUAAAGAAGCUUUCAAGCAAGAAGAUGCUGAGAAACAAAAAAGUCUCGAAUUAGGAAUUCAGUAGACUUUUUCCACUCUCUGAGCCUAAAUAAUUCUGAAAGGACUAGGGAUUUCAAAUCAUUUGCUCAGCCCCAAUCGAACAAAUUACCUAAUUUGGGAAGGAAAACUAAGAAGAUAUUUUUAACUGCGAAGAGACACAAACUACGAAACUCGAAGCUCUUCAGCUCUUUACUGACAAGGCCAGCUUCUCUAAAUGAAUCAAAGAGAUAUGUGUCUUAUGACCACUUCUUACAGAAAUCUCCUUUAAAAAGUACUACAAAUGACUUAAAAGAAGUCAUGAAGCGUCGGAAGAGAGAUCUUGGGACAAUGCUUAUCAACUCAAUGAAGAAGGAAAUCUCCAAAUACGGCCAGAAACAGAUAGGAAGAUUUGGGAAUCUUGACUAAGACAUGUUUAAAUCUUUUCAACUAAAA